AUUCGCCAAACAGUAGCUGUUUUCUGGUGGGACUGGGAGAGCGAGGUGUCUCUUCACAUGUCGCUGCCUCCACUGACUUGGAAAAUAGCUCAUGAAAUCAAGUGUCAGUAUUUGUGGGGGGGAUUUGCAAUCAUUGGCUUCAUCUCUGUCGAUAGGGAAUGAAUGACGAGACAACACCGGGCAGUUGCAAGAUAAACUCUGGGUGCUCCAGUAUUGAGCAAAUGCUGGCUGUGAACCCCGGCAAGACACCCAUCAGUCUGCUACAGGAGUAUGGAACGCGGAUAGGUAAGGCAGAGAUGGUCUAGGAAUGCUUCCUCUUCUGUCUCAGAGUCUGGGUAACACCCCAGUGUAUGACCUGCUCAAGGCCGAGGGCCAGGCGCACCAACCCAACUUUACGUUCCGCGUGUCCGUGGGAGAGAUCAGCUGCACCGGCCAGGGGCCCAGCAAGAAGGCUGCCAAACACAAGGCAGCAGAGGCCGCCCUGAAGAUGAUGAAAGGAGGACUAGGGGGACCAGUGGUGCUGGGAGAAGGAUUGGGAGAAGGCUUUAUUGGGGCGGAAGAGCCUUUGGAUGGGGACAGUUCUCCGUCAGAGAUGAAGACUUCAGGAAGCGGCACGUCUCAGCAGUCAGAAUGCAACCCUGUGGGAGCUCUGCAGGAGCUGGUGGUUCAGAAAGGCUGGCGUCUGCCAGAGUACACCGUGACCCAGGAGUCGGGGCCUGCCCACCGCAAGGAGUUCACCAUGACAUGCCGGGUGGAGAGAUUUGUUGAAAUUGGCAGUGGCACAUCGAAGAAACUAGCCAAGCGGAAUGCAGCAGCUAAGAUGUUGUCCAGGAUCCACGAUGUUCCUGUAGACCUGAGGAGCAGCCACGAGACUGAGCCUGAGGACGACACUUUUAUCAUGAACAUGGGCGGGGGCAGGGUGGAGGCAGGGAAGUGUAAAGGUCUGGGCUGUACCUGGGACUCUCUGAGGAACUCUGCUGGGGAGAAGAUGCUGCAGCUAAGGAGCCACCCUCUGGGCAUGCCCAACUCUGACUUCUGCUCUCUGCUACACGACCUCUCAGAGGAGCAGCGCUUUGACGUCAGCUACCUCGACAUAGAGGAGCGCAGUCUGAGCGGUCUGUGCCAGUGUCUGGUAGAGCUAUCCACUCAGCCAAUCACAGUGUGCCACGGCUUCGCACCCAAUCAGGACGGUGCCCGCGCCAGCGCAGCCCACAAUGCACUGCAAUACCUCAAAAUCAUGGCUGGGGGGAAGUGACCGUCUCCCAGACCAACCUCUCUCCAUGGCAACAACCUAGACCCUGAUCAUGACACAUCCACCUCGGAGGGUGGAAGCAUCUUCCAACCAAUGGUGGUCAAGGGAAGUAACCAUUGAUUGAUCCAGAAUUACCCAUGAUGUGGGAAUUGGAAUUUGUCCGUCCCCCCCCACAGCCCUGUAGUUCUCCUAUCUGGUCUGUUCAUUCCUAAAUGCCCCCUGAAGAUAUCCCUCAUAGCCCUAGAUAAUUUGUCCCUAUGCCUUGAAGAUAUCCCACAUAGCCCUAGAUAAUUUGUCCCUAUGCCUUGAAGAUAUCCCACAUAGCCCUAGAUAAAUUUGUCCCUAUGCCUUGAAGAUAUCCCACAUAGUCCCCAAUGUCCUCUUGAUUGGCUACACCAUUUAUUUGGAUGGUCAGUCACCCACCUCCUCUGCUGUCACAGGCCUAGAGAGAUACUCUGCAGGGAAAGGGCAAAAUACAACGACCCCCGUUUGACUGUAGCCUCAUUGACCUUUUUAUUUGUUGCCACAACUACAAUGAUUGGCUUUGGUUGCCUUUUCAUUAGCUAGCAAGUACUUUGUCGUCAACCAAAAAUACCUCCCCCCCCCCCCCCCCCGUUGAAGAAGUCUUGGCCUGAAUGAAGUCUAAUUUUGGACAUUGAAAAGUGGACCUUUUAACGACAUGAAUUCUUAAAUUAGAGACUUGUGUACUUUUAUUGCCAAGUAGACAAGAUCCAGCCCAUCUUGUCAUUUGUGUUAAGUAAUUUACUAUUUUUUAUUUUAAAGAAGAGUCAUCUGAUAACUGUUAAAAUGUGUACAUUUUUAAAUUGUGAUUGCUUAACAUCUGAAAUGCAAAAUGUUAGAGUUUUGGAAUUACAUUUAACAUUGUGUACUUUACCAUUUAUUUUAUUUUUUCUGUUAGACCUCACAAAACCCUAUUUGAAAUUGUGAAUAGAUUACUGUGAUUUAAAAUUAGUAAUUUUAGAUGUUAGCUGGUUGCUCUCGUAAAACCGUGUCAAUGGCCCCUCAAUGAAUUGAUUAUAUCACUUCCCUUCAACUGUGUUGGUCCAUCUAAUUAGCCCGUGUGCCAGUCUGUUCAAGGUCUCUUACCCACUACUUAUGGAAUUGCAAUGUUAAUACAAUGACAGAGUAGGCCAAAAGCACAAACAGAUCUGGGACCAGGCUCGCAUCUAAUUUGAGAUGGAAUUGUAUCGCUGCAUUUAAUAUAGUUGGAUUCUCUUGCACAACGGCUGACUAAUCUGCUCCUCUACUUCCUGUUACAUGCUAAUGGUAUAGCCUGAACUCUAUAUCCUCCCAUGUUUACUCCCACCAGUUCAGAUAGUCAAGCCUUAAUGGUUUCAUAUGGGAGGUUGAGUCAAGAAUAGUAUUGGUAGCGAGUGUCUGAAGUAUACUGGCUGUGGUAGAGUGACCAUUGGUCGCUGCUACAUCAUGAUGAGCAAGCAGUGAGAGAAACACAACGCACCGCAUCAGAUUAGUUAGGGUUAAAUGUAGAAGACCCAUUUCAGUUGUACAACUGACUAGGUAUCCUCUCUUUUCCAAUGUUUGACAAUUGUGGGACGUGUUGCCCAAAUACAUAGUUGAACUGAAACGCGGUCCAUCACGGUUUUGAUUUGUUCCUUUUUUAAAUAAAAUACUUGAUUUCAGUGCAAA